AUGCCGCUGGUGGUGGUGUGCGGGCGGCCGGGCAGCGGCAAGAGCCGGCGGGCGGCCGAGCUGCGGGAGGCGCUGGGCGGCCCGGAGCGGCCGGCGCACGUCGUGGCCGAGGCGGAGGGCGGCCGGGCGGCGCUGCGGGCCGAGGUGGAGCGGCGGCUGAGCCGGCGGGACGUGGUAAUCGUGGACGCGGGCAACGAGCUGCGGAGCAUCCGCUACGAGCUGUACUGCGCGGCGCGGCAGGCGGGCACGGCGCGCUGCCUCCUGCACUGCGCCGGCGGCGCGGGCGGCCCCGACGAGCCGCCCUUCGAGGAGCCCGACCCGAACUGCCGCUGGGACCGGCCGCUGUUCACGGUGCGCGAGGACGAGCCGCUGCCGCUGGGCGCCAUCCGCGCCGCGCUGUUCGAGAGCGCCCCGCCGCCGCCGCACCGCGCCACCCGCACGCAGCCGCUGCAGUCCUGCGGCUUCCUGCACCAGCUGGACCGCGUCACCCAGGACGUGCUGGCCGCCGUGCUGGCCGCGCAGAGAAGCGGGGCACAGCCCGGCGAGACCAUCCGCGUCCCCGGCGUGGCCGAGGGGCUGGUGCUGAGCCGGCCCGUGAGUGUGGCCGAGCUGAGCCGGCUGCGGAGGCAGUUCAUCAGCUACACCAAGAUGCAACCCAGCGAUGAAAACUUGCCCCAGCUGGCCAGCAUGUUCCUGCAGUACCUGAGCCGCAGCAUCCAGUGAAGUGCCACCUAUGCCACCCAGCAGUGGCGGUGGUCCGGCCCCGAAGUACUUGCAGCGGGAAGAAUGUGCCUUCAGCACAGACCCUGCAGAGCCUGGGUCCCAGCCGCUGGGGAUAACAUCACUUGGCAGCAGCAACUCUGAGAAGAUGGGCCCGUGUCCCUGCAGCAGCCGAGCCAGCUGCAUUGCUGGGGAGAUCUCUCGGGAAGCAGUUCCUCACCCCUUGCAUUCUCCCCGCUGCCCUCAUGCAAGAAGGAGAGCUACUGUGCAUCCCCAAGCGAGGUCUCCUGUGGAGACGCAAAGCCCUGUAAUCAAAUAGUGUGACAUGAAAGGUCAAAAGGUGAUGACUGUAGGGAAAACUUUUCCCUCCACAUUGGCAGGUGUAUGCCUGGAAUAAGAAGAUUGUUUUUCCAGAGUUGCCUCCAGAUAAUGUCAGACUGCAGAAGAGACUUCAGGUCCAGAACUGGAACAGGCUGUAUUUUUAGGAUGUGACUGUUUCAAAGAAUCUAACUGGGCCCAAGAGAGAUUUUCAACUCUGCACUGCAAAAGGGUGCUGGCCUAACAAACUCAAACUUCUCUGUUUCAGGUCUAAUAAUAAAAUGUGUGCCUUAAAUGGAGUAAAGUCUUAACUUACCUGCAGGGCUAUUUUACUGAAAUAACUUGGCAAUGAACUUUUUUAUUCAAGGUCAUCAUUAUACACCCUUAAAAACACAAAUUGCUUGAGUGUUAUAGGAAAAAUGAGCUAAAAUGACAGUGUCUGUUCUGUGUGAAACUCGUAAGUCUGUACUGGCUGUGUUGGGUAGCUAAGUUUCCAUUAAUUUUGAGUACAGCUUAUAUAAAAUUCUCGCUUUCUGGUGGAUGCUUCAUUCUAAUAAAUGGUGGCUUUUGGUUUUAA